CUCUUCUUCAGUUCUUUAGGGCAAAACACACGCGCGCACACUCUCUCUCCCGACUGUUAUCAAUAAACCCUAUCUCACAACUCUAUCUUUCUCUCUGUCUCUCGCGAGAAACCCACAUCGAUCGACAAUGGACUUCGAAGAUUCAGCGACUUACCCUCAGCAACAAGACUCACUCGGCUACGAUCCGAACUUCGUCCCUGACUCAGUGAAGUCCUUCGUGGUGCACUUGUAUCGACACAUACGCGAGAAGAAUGUGUACGAGAUCCACCAGAUGUACGAGACCUCCUUCCAAACCCUAAGCGACCGCAUGUUCAAGGACACCCCAUGGCCCUCCGUCGACGCCGUCGCUCAGUACGUCGACAACGACCACGUUUUCUGUUUGCUCUACCGCGAGAUGUGGUUCCGACAUUUGUAUGCAAGAUUGUCGCCCACUCUCAAGCAGAGGAUUGAUUCUUGGGACAAUUACUGUAGUCUGUUUCAGGUGGUGUUGCACGGUGUGGUGAAUAUGCAGCUACCGAACCAGUGGUUGUGGGACAUGGUGGAUGAGUUCGUGUAUCAGUUUCAGUCCUUUUGCCAGUAUCGGGCCAAGAUGAAAAGCAAGACGGAGCAGGAAAUUGCGCUUCUUCGUCAAUUUGAUCAGGCUUGGAAUGUGUAUGGUGUGCUCAACUUCUUGCAAGCACUUGUGGAGAAGUCCCUGAUCAUUCAAAUUCUGGAGCAAGAGAAGGAAGGCCUUGAACAAUUCACCGCCACUGACGGAUAUGAUUACAAUGGUGGAAGUAAUGUCUUGAAGGUCUUGGGAUAUUUCAGCAUGGUGGGCUUGCUGCGAGUCCAUUGUCUUCUGGGGGAUUAUCACACUGGUCUAAAGUGCUUGCUUCCCAUUGACAUAAGUCAACAAGGAGUUUAUACCAGUGUUAUUGGAAGCCACAUUACCACCAUAUAUCAUUAUGGGUUUGCGAAUCUUAUGUUGCGGAGAUAUGUUGAAGCAAUUCGAGAAUUCAAUAAGAUUCUAUUAUACAUUUAUAAGACAAAGCAAUAUCAUCAGAAAUCUCCUCAGUACGAGCAGAUUUUGAAGAAGAAUGAGCAGAUGUAUGCCCUGCUGGCAAUUUGUCUCUCUCUUUGCCCUCAAGUGAAGCUUGUUGAGGAGACUGUGAACUCUCAAUUGCGGGAGAAAUAUGGUGAGAAAAUGUUGAGAAUGCAGAGAUAUGAUGAUGAGGCAUUUGCUCUAUAUGAUGAGCUCUUCUCAUAUGCAUGCCCCAAGUUUAUUACUCCCUCAGCUCCAAGUUAUGAGGAGCCUCUUGUAAAUUAUAACCAGGAUGCCUAUAGACUUCAGUUAAAGCUGUUCCUUUAUGAAGUGAAGCAGCAACAGUUAUUAUCAGGUGUCCGGACCUUCUUGAAGGUGUACUCGACCAUCUCCCUUGGGAAGCUUGCGAAUUACAUGGAAGUGGACGAACCCACUCUAAGGACAAUUCUGAUGACAUACAAGCACAAAACACACUCUGCUGAUUCUGAAGGAAAAAUCAUCUCCAAUGCGGAUAUUGAUUUUUACAUUGAUGAUGACAUGAUUCACAUUGUGGAAUCUAAACCAACCAAGAGAUAUGGGGAUUACUUUUUGCGUCAGAUUGUUAAGCUUGAAGGAGUGAUGACUGAUAUGGACAGGAUAAAGCUGGAUUGAGUUUCCCGUCUCUGUUUGGUCUAUGCCCUCGUCUCUUUUGGGUUUUUAUGUUAGUUGGAAGAGUUUUUUUUUGCCCCCUCUAGUUCUGGAUCUAAAAAGCCCUAUUUUGACUUGGUGAAUGUGGUUGGCUAUUUACAAUGUAAUUUUAGUUUCUUGUCUUGUAUUUGCGGAAAGAUGGCCUCUGUAAGAGAUAAACCAGAGUAGAUUUAAUCAAUUCUAGUAUCUGAGAAUCUCCCCUCUCAUAUAAAAAUAGUUGGACAACUUUUUUAUUUUCACA